AUGGAAGGUGACGAGGACCAUCGUUCUUCUGGAGGAGACUGCAAUCCUAAUGUUGUCUGCGAGAAACACUUGUUUAAGUCCAAACUGUCAGAGUCUCUUGUUCAGCUGGCGUGUAGUGACCAUCACUGUGCCUUCCCAUUAAAUCGAAAUGAGUUAUGCAUCUGGAAUGCAGUGACUGCUCAGCCAUUACAUUUGACAGGACAUGAUUACUCGAUUUCUGCGCUGUCAUUUGGCAGUAAAAUCAAUCCACUUCUUGUCUGCUCUGCUUCUCGUGAUCAUGUGGUAGUGUGGAAUCUUGAUGAAUGCAUACGGGAGGCACAAGAAGGGUUAACACCUCGAGGAAUUGUUAUAGGAACUCUUUUGGGAAUGGUGCGUCAUGUAAGAUUUAGUCCAGAUGAUCAACAAGUGGCAGUAUGUGCUGGAAAUCAGAUCUACAUGUUAAGUGCAAAGAAUGAAGCUAUACUAGCUGAAUUGGAUGGCCAUCUGGCUCCAGUGACUGCUGCUGAGUUUUGCACUUGGGAGAAAAGUUUGCUUAUAUCAGUGUCAGAAGACAGAACCUUUAAGGUGUGGGACUAUUCUACUGGCAAGUUAAUGUAUCAGUCAGGGGUAUUAACGGCAGCAUAUCCUUUGCUAAGUCUGCUAAUUGAUGAAGAAAAUAAACAGAUUAUCACUGGAUGUGCUGAGGGACAGCUUUGGAUCUUCAGUUUAAUCAGAGAUCAUAAUUACCGUUGUGUAGCACAUAUCAACUUAAAGAAAGAACAAGAGAAGUUCUGUAAUAAAGUGUGGAAAUCUGGAAAAGAAAUAGGUGAAAGGCAAAAUAUUUCACAGCUUUGCACAACAAACAAUGAGAGACUGGACGGAUCAGUGGAAACAUCUUUGCCUAUCCUCUUAAUUGAGCACUGUGACUUUUUAGUAUGUUUCCAUAAUGACGAAAACACAUAUUCUGCCCUGAAUACUAGCUAUUUUUGGAUAGGAAGCUCUACUGGCUUGUUAAUAAUUAAUAUGGCAAAUUUUGAAUUAGAAGCCUUUUUGUCUUACAAAGAUUACAGUGACCUCAGCAUUCAGAUUGCUGGAUCAUGUGCAUUAACAAGGAAGUCAGUUAAUGGAAAAGUUUUAUGCUUGGUCACCUCAAUGUUUGAAGAUAUGACUGCUGUGUUGGAAGUUAACCUUGCUGCAUUGGUGAGAACUCAGCAAAGUGAUUUUCUCCUACGUGGAAAUGACAGCAGUCUGUCAGUUAUUGCCAGGUGUUCUGUAUUGACAAAUUCUCCAUUGUGCAAAGGUCUAAGGAAAAACAUGAAAGAACCUUCUAGUAAAAAACUUGGAGUGAAAAGCACAGUGAAAGAUCAGCCAUUGGUUUUCCAUAAUAAAAUUAAGUCAUCAGGUUACAGAGCAGCACCACGAAUGACCAUGUUUUCUCCAAACUUGAAGAAAAAUGAGGUAUCAAAAUUGAAGACCAGUUGUAAAAGUAAAAAUAAAGAAUAUCCAGUAGAAAGUUAUCCUCCAAUCAAAUACAAGAAAAAGAUAUCCGUUGCUUGUAAACCAACUCCAGUUUUUUCAAUUCAGCAUUCUGGGGAUGGAGAGAAGCUGGCUUGUGGCUUGGCUGACAAAACUGUACUGAUAUUUGAUUCUGAUCUCACUGAUACAUGUCAUGUUUUUUCAGGUCACAAUGGUGCAGUUAACUCUGUUGGUUGGAGUCAUGACAAGAAGUGGUUGGUUUCUGCAUCGGAAGACAGAACUCUAAGGGUCUGGUCAGUGUGCAGUAACGAACCUGCCCUAAUUCUGGGGAAAGAAAAGUUCCAUAAGACUGUACGUUUUGCGCAGUUUUAUUUUAUAGAUUCAUUUAUAUUGCUGUGUUGUGGAGCUGAAUUUCAUCUGUUAAGUUUUCAUCUAGAUACCACCAAGGAUGACCUCAAACGGUACAAACAUAGAAGUGUUUGCAAACUAGUACAGAAAUUUCCAAUGGCUUCAACAAUGGAGAUUACCAGCCUUUCAGCAGUGAAUGAUUUCUACUCCUAUAUUGUGCUUACAGCUGGCAGCAACCGAGCAUUGGAAGUUUUUGACCUCAAUGCAGGCUGCAGCACAGCAGUCAUACCAGAAGCUCAUACCAGAUCAGUACAUCAGAUCUGCCAAAAUAAGGGGUCAUCCUUCAGCACUCAGCAACCUGAAGCUUACAAUCUUUUCAUGACCACAGCCCCAGGUGAUGGUAUCAAACUGUGGGAUUUAAGAACACUGAAGUGUGAACGUCGUUUUGAAGGGCACAUUAACCGCUGCUAUCCAUGUGGAAUUGCAGUAUCUCCUUGUGGACGGUUUAUAGCCAGUGGAUCAGAUGACAAACAUGCUUACAUAUAUGAAAUGCGUUCAAGCACUUUUUUACACAAACUGGAUGGACACACGGAUUCUGUCAUCAAUGUGACUUUUAGUCCCUCAUCUCCACAAAACUCUUUCCUGAGAAGGAAGAGCUGUGGAUUUGACGAAUGUCAAAUGGUUCUAGGAGAAGAUUUUCAAGCUGAUGUUGUAAGCAGCAGUUUACUUAUAAGCAAGGAAUGGGCAGAAAUUGCUCCUUUUAAAGAUGACAACUGA